UUCCGCCCUUGCCCAAUUCUCUCUCCUCUCUCUCUCUUCUCUCUCCCUGCUCCUUCGACCCAUCUCUCUUUUUCUCUCUUCCUCUCUAUCUCUCUAGAAUCUCAGAGCUUCCGUUGGCCAUUGUGAAUAAGCUCUAGUCUUCGUUGCAGGGUUGGAAAAGUGUGAGGACAGGAGUUUUGGAGUGGAAAAUGGCUGGGAUUUCUAGUGAAGAGUCUGGACCUGGAAGGUCUAUAGAGGGGAUUUCAAGUGGGCAGCAUUGUCUCUCUGGGGAAGCCUUAGCAGAAUGGCGGUCCUCUGAGCAGGUGGAAAAUGGAACCCCAUCUACUUCGCCUCCUUAUUGGGACUCUGACGACGACGACGAUGGUGGGCCAAAGCCGUCAGAGUUAUACGGAAAAUAUACGUGGAAGAUAGAGAAGUUUUCUCAAAUUAACAAAAGGGAACUUCGUAGUAAUGCUUUUGAGGUUGGCGGCUACAAGUGGUAUAUCUUGAUCUAUCCCCAGGGUUGUGAUGUUUGCAACCAUCUCUCUUUAUUUCUUUGUGUAGCUCAUCAUGACAAACUUCUUCCAGGUUGGAGCCAUUUUGCUCAGUUUACUAUAGCUGUGGUAAAUAAAGACCCUAAGAAGUCGAAAUAUUCUGAUACAUUACAUCGCUUUUGGAAGAAAGAGCAUGACUGGGGAUGGAAAAAAUUCAUGGAGCUGUCAAAAGUAUAUGAUGGGUUUAUUGAUGCUGACACUCUUAUAAUAAAGGCGCAAGUCCAAGUCAUCAGGGAGAAAGCAGACCGGCCCUUUCGCUGCCUUGAUUGUCAAUAUAGGAGAGAACUUGUUAGGGUAUACUUGACAAAUGUAGAGCAAAUUUGCCGUCGUUAUGUGGAAGAGAAAAGAAGUAGACUCGGAAAGUUGAUAGAGGAUAAAGCUAUAUGGUCAAGCUUCUGCUCCUUCUGGGUGGGAAUUGAACAAAAUGUUAGGCGUCGUAUGUCAAGGGAGAAGAUGGAUGCAGUCCUGAAAGUAGUUGUUAAGCACUUUUUUAUUGAGAAAGAAGUCACAUCUACGUUGGUAAUGGACUCAUUGUAUAGUGGUUUAAAGGCUCUUGAAGGCCAAACUAAGUCGAAGAAAAGUAAUGUCAAACUAUUGGAUACUGAAGAAGUGCGAGCGCCAAUUGUUCGUGUAGAAGAUAUGUUUGUAUUGGUGGAUGAUGUUCUGAUGCUACUUGAGAGGGCUGCCUUGGAACCAUUACCUCCAAAAGAUGAGAAGGGUCCUCAAAAUCGUACAAAAGAUGGAAAUUCUGGAGAGGACUUCAACAAAGAUUCUAUUGAGCGGGAUGAAAGGCGUCUUACGGAAUUGGGUCGUAGGACUGUAGAAAUAUUUGUCCUUACUCAUAUUUUCAGGUUAAGAGUGCACAUUUGGCGUUCUAAUGAACAACAAAUUGAAGUUGCUUAUCAUGAAUCUGUUGCAUUGAAGAGGCAAGAGGAACUCAUCCGUGAGGAAGAAGCAGCAUGGCUGGCUGAAAGUGAGCAGAAGGCAAAGCGAGGAGCUACUGAAAAGGAAAAGAAGGCAAAGAAAAAACAGGCUAAACAGAAAAAGAACAACCGGAAGGUUAAGGACAAAGGGAGGGAGGAAAGGCCCGAUGUAGUAGCACAAGAGAAACAAGAACACCCUACUGAAGAAAUGAAAGACUACACACGGGAUGAAGAACAACCUGUACUUGAAAAGCCAGAUACACUGGAAGAUGUAUCUGAUGUGUCUGAUUCAGUGGAUGGUGUUGCUGAAGUACCUCCGCUUGAUUCUGAAGACAGAGAUGCUGGUCCAAUAAAUUGGGAUACCGACGCAUCAGAAGUCCAUCCUCUCACAGAAGCUAGUAGCAGUGGUAUUACUGUACUGUCAUCCUUGCAAAACGGAGUAUCUGAAAGAAAGAGUCAAUCUGUGAUGGACGAUAGUUCCUCAACAUGUUCUACAGAUUCUGUACCAUCAGUGGUAAUGAAUGGGUCAUAUAAGGGGAACUCAUUAUCUAGCUGCAACAACCAGAAAUCUCCUAGCAGGGGGAAACACCAACGCACCAAGGCAACAAGUGACGGGAACAGUUGGCCAAACGAGACAGAAAGUCAGCCUUCUGGGCCUGUAGCGGAUGCAGGAUAUCAGAAUGAUGCUUCUGGAAGUAGUAGUAAGGCGGGUGAAUCGGAGUCAGAGCCUGCUGUUCACUCAUUGAAGGAUCGGAUUAAAUGGCUGGAGCAGCAUGUCGUUAAGAAGGAGGAAGAAGUUGUAUCUCUGCAGAAAAAAUUGAGUAUCAAUGAUGGGGUUGAUUUAGAAAGACCUUUGAAAGACAAGACACCAGCAGUAACAUCCUCUCCUGGAAGCCCUUCUAAAGAUGUGCCCCUGAAUGGUCCACCAAAGUCAGAGAGCCAGAGUAGUGCUGUUGUAGAAUCUAUUCCACUUAGAAAAGGAUCCUCAAGUGGUGCACAACAGACUCUGAGAGUGGUACCUUUGACUACUUCACCGCAGAAUAAUGGCAUGUCCAAACCUCAGACUCAGAAGCCUACUACUCCAAAACCAGCUGAAAAAGCCAUGGCACAGCAAAUGCCUGUAAUGUCUAGGCCUUCCAGUGCUCCUCUUGUUCCUGGUCCAAGGCCUACUUCUACUGUUGUGCCUACAGUUCAAGCUCAAACUGCUCCUCAGCUUGCCCGUUCAGUAAGUGCAGCUGGCCGGUUGGGGCCUGAUCCAUCGCCAGCAACUCAUAGUUAUGUUCCCCAGUCGUAUAGAAAUGCCAUACUGGGUAACCAUGUUGCUUCAGGUUCAACUGGUCUCGCACAUACUAACUCCCCAAGUUCGGGAGUGAGCCCAUCCCCAGUAUACUCUCAGUCACCAGCCUUGGUAUCUGCUCCAAUGUUCUUACCUCGGAGCUCUGAUAUGAUGGACCCAAGCCCAGUUAAGGCAGGCUUCCCGUUUGGCAUGGUGACGCGGGAUGUGUUGCAUAAUGGACCCCAGUGGAUGGAUAAUUGUCAACGGGAAUCGAGCGAAGGCAUGAACUAUGAUCCCUCCUCCUUGCUUAAUGAUCAAAAUUUCGAUUACUUCCAUCCUUUACAUGGCGGGCAAAGGGAACACUUGUCUACUGAGUUCCCAGCCUGUACAUCUGGGCGCCAGACCCAGGGUGUAUCGGCAGAUGAGUUCCCACACCUUGAUAUCAUCAAUGAUCUGCUUGAUGAUGAACAUGGCUUUGGUGCAGCUAGAGGAAGCUCUGCCUUUCACUCCUUCGGUAAUGGGCCAAGUAACUUAAAUCGGCAGUUUUCUUACCCUGGCGAUUUGGGCAUAUCUAAUGACAUGGGAUCUGCAACCAGCUCAUGUAGGUUUGAGAGAACACGGAGUUACCAAGAUGAUGGGUAUCAGAGGGGCUACACACUAGGGGGCCAUUUCGAACCACUUAGGGAAUUUACUCCGCAAGCUGGUUCGCUACCUUAUGUGAAUGGGCCACUUGAUGGGUUAGUUCCUAACCAGUGGGCAAUGGCUGGUUCUGAUCUAUCUCAACUUGGCAUGAGGAACACAGAACCUGAUGGUUACCCAUACUACAAUCCAGAAUAUUCGAAUAUGGCAUGCGGGGCGAAUGGUUACACCGUAUUCCGGCCAUCUAACGGACAGUGAAAGAGAAUGAAUGAACGAUGGAGCCUGCCCGCAAACUAGUGGGUCACUGUCCGUUGUAAUAAUGUAUUCGACGAAAUUGCUGGGUCAUUACAUUUGGAGUGAGGUUGUAAUCUUUUCCAUAAGAAAACAUUUUGUAAAGAGUGUUUCUUCCACCCCUUUCUUAAGUUAGAAAUGAAGGCUUGGUUUAUA